UUUUUCCGAAACUAGGCCCUUUUGCUUCCCCUCCCCUAUACCCCCACCCCUUCGAAUGGAGAUCUAGGGCUCUAGAUAGAGCCUGCUUAGGGACAUGCGAGGAAGCUGCGAUCAGCUGAUUUAGAUCUUAACGAACAAAGCUUAUUCCUUUUUUUAACCCUGCGGUUUUUUAAGUCCGCCAUCAGAACCCUAGAAAACCAGUGGUCGGAACCCAAUUAGCCAUGGCGGGCCCUUCGCCCAGCGCGACGCAAGACGGACCAGCUUCCAACAAGCCUGAGGGAUCUAGUGACUCUAAUGCAGCAGCUCCUACUGCCUCGGCUCCAUCAGCAGAGGCGCCAGUGACAGCAGGGGUUCCGCAUGGAGCGCAAGGCGCCGUCUCCGCAGGCCCCGCAGGUCCCGUAAUCGCAGGCCCGCCUGGAACCCUCCCCCCAAGCGCGGGGAUACCGGGCGCAGGGGGGGCAGUGGGCGCAGGGGGGGGAGUGGCGGGCGCGUCUCCUGUGAUGCAGCCGAUGGCGGGGGGGAUGCAGCACCUGCAGCCGUACAUGGUUCCGCCCAUGGGCCCGGACAUGCACGGCAUGUACUACCCUGGUAACGGCUACAUCCACCACUACUACUACGACUACUCCAUGUCAGGCUAUGCGGAUCCCCCGCGUAUGGCCCCGGAGCAGUGGGAGGAGUACAUGCGCAUGGCCGCGCGGAUGGACGGGGGAGCGAGCAUGAUGGACGGCCAGCAGCCGCCGCCAGGGUUUGGGUAUCACAUCCCGCACUAUCCGCACCCGCACAUGCCCCCCGGCCUCAUGCCUCCCCAAGUGCCCGGUCAGCCGCCCCAGCCGCACAUGAUGCACCCUCCCCAACCCGGGCAACAGCAACCCCCGCCACCGUUAACAGCGCAGCAACAGCAGCAGCAGCAAGGGCAACAGCAAGGACAGCAGCAGCAGGAUGAGCAGCAAACGCAAAGCGCGCAGCAGCAAGAUCAGAAUCAAGCGCAGGGUAGCAACCAGCAGCCAGGGCAGCAGCAGCAACCGGGCCAGCAGCAGGUGCAGCAGCAAGGACAGCAACCCAACCAGCAGCAGCAGCAACCCCAGCAGCAGCAGCAGCAGCAGCCGCCACCGCACCCAUCCCAGCAGCAGCAGCAGCAGCAGCAGAACAUGGCUCUUCAUCACCCCCCUCCCGGCUUCAUGCCUUUCAUGCCCCCGGGCCCGCACCCCUCUAUGAUGGGCGGUCAAAUGUUCGGCGCCCCCCCUCCUGGGUACCCCUUCCAAGGCCCCAUGUUCCAGCCGCCCCUGCUCCGACCCCCUUCGCCUGGAGACCCAGCGCAACCAGGUGAUUCCGCUCAGCCAGGCGCAGCUUCAGCCCACAUCCGCCCGGGUCACAUGCCCCCUGGUGUUGGCCCCCCCCCGCACAUGCCCCACAUGCCCAUGCACGCCUACCCCCGCCCCUCCCCCAUGUCUUCCGCAUCUCCCCCCGUAAACCCCCUCCCCAUGGGACGGGGGGGGUACAAUCUCCUCCCCCGAGGGGGGCAGCAGCCUAUGGGCGGGCGUGGGGGGGGCGGACGCGGGGGGGAGGGUGGCGGAGGAGGAGGAAGGGGAGGUGGGCGCGGAUGGGGGGGGAACAAGCGGGGAGCAGGCCCUGGGAGUGGGGGGCAGGGAAGCGGAGGGGGAAGUGGGGCGGGCGCGAGUUCAGCUGGGACAGGAGGGGGAGCGGUUUCUGCAGCAGGGGGGGGAGGAGCGGGGGCAGGGUCAGGGGCAGGGGGAGCAGCUGGGGGAAACACCGGAGGGGCAGGGUCACCUGCAAAUAGAGGGGCUGGUCUUUUAGGAGGCAUGGGGGGACAGCAGCAGCAGCAGGGGCAGCAGCAGGGGCAACUAAACGGAAUCUUUGAUGGGUCUAACGAGCAGAACAGAGGCCCGCGAACGGGUAGAAGUAGGGGGCAAGGUCUAAUAACCCCCCCCGCCCCUGGCGCUUCCAUUACCCCCCUGGUGGGCGGUCCUGCGCCCAUGCCUAUUGGCGCAGUGGCUGGCCCUAUAGGGGAACCCAUAGGUGCUGCUGCUGCUGCUGCCGCCGCAGCAGCGGGGGGAGGAGGCGGAGUGGGGACAGGGGCAGGAGCAGGAGCAGGAGCAGGGGCAGGGGGAGCGGUGGGGGCAGGGGGAACAGGGGCAGGAGCAGGAGCAGCAGGAGCAGGGGGGCGGGGCGGAAUAACGCUGCGUCCAGACGAGUACAACCGGGCGGAUUUCAAGACGUCGUACGACUCGGCGCGGUUCUUUGUGAUCAAGAGCUACAGCGAGGACGAUGUGCACAAGAGCAUCAAGUACGGCGUGUGGGCUUCCACUCCGAAUGGGAACAAGAGGCUUGAUGCUGCCUUCAAGGAUGCGUCUGGGAAGACCGGAGGCCCCUGCCCCGUCUUCCUCUUCUUCUCGGUGAACGCGAGUGGGCAGUUCUGUGGCGUGGCGGAGAUGCUGACAGCGGUGGACUUCUCUCGCAGUGUCGACUAUUGGCAGCAGGACAAGUGGAAUGGCCACUUCCAAGUGAAGUGGCAUGUGAUCAAGGACGUCCCCAACUCGCAGUUCCGGCAUAUCAUCAUUGCAUCGAACGAUGGGAAACCCGUCACCAACAGCAGGGAUACUCAAGAGGUGCCGUUGAACCAGGGCCAGGAGAUGCUGCGCAUAUUCAAGUCGUACUCGUCGCGCACUUCCAUUCUGGAUGACUUCACCUUCUAUGACAGCCGCCAGCGCGCCAUGCAGGAGAGAAAGACGCGGCAGCCCCACCCGAUGCAGCAGCAUCCCCAGCAGCACCCGCAGCAGCAGCAGCAGCAGCAGCACUACCAGCACCAGCAGCAGCACUUGCAGCAGCAGCACCAUCAGCAGCAGCUGCAGCAGCAGAGGCGGAUUGUAGUGGGUCGGAAUCCGGGACCUGUGCUGCUGCCUCAGCCUCGACUGGACUCUCGUCCCCUUGACUUCCCCUUCCUGCCUCUGAUGCCUCUCGGCCCCAUCAACCCUGCUUUCAACCCUGCCGGCAUGCCGCUUCCCUCCGCGGCUGCUCCUGGGACGGCUGCUGGUGCUGCUGCUGGGUUUGGUGGGCAUGCUAGGAUGAUGUACCCUCACACUCACACGGGGCCUAUAGGCGCUGCUCCUGGUGCCGGGAGGGGGAGAGGGGGGCGUGGAGGAGGGGGAGGGGGCGGGGGAGGAGGAGCAGGGUCAGGGCUAGGGGUGGGAGGAGCAGGGGGGGUGGGCGGAGGAGGAGUGUCUAGUAGUGCGAGCGCGCUUGCUAGUAUGCUGCCUGCUUCUGUGCUUCCUAGCCCAACGCCUGCCGGCGCUGCUGCUGCUGCGCUAGCUAAAGGGGAGAAACCAGGAGCCGCACUGGCUGCUGGUGAUGGGGCAGCAGCAGGGGCGAAACAGGAGGGGGUUGGAGGAGGGAAUGCAGGGGGGAAGGGAGGGGAGCAGACAGCAGCAGUGAUUGCGGAAGGCGUGGCAGCUCUGUCUCUUGGGGAGGGGAAGUGAGGGAGGGGAAGGGAGGCAGUGCUGGGGCUGGUGGUGAUGGGGCAUUGGCAGGGGCGGAGCAGGCGGGGUUAGAGGAGGGAAUGCAGGGGGGAAGGGAGGGUAGCAGACAGCAGCAGCAGUUGCAGAAGGCGUGGCUGCUCUGUCUCUUGGGGAGGGGAAGUGAGGGGAGGGGAAGUGAAGGGAGGGGAAGGGAGGCAGUGGUGGUGCUGCUGGUGAUUGGGCAGCGGCAGGGGCGAAACAGGAGGGGGUUGGAGGAGGGAGUGCAGGGGGAAAGGGAGGGGAGCAGACAGCAGCAGCGAUUGCGGAAGGCGUGGCAGCUAUGUCUCUUGGGGAGGGGAAGUAAGGGGAGGGGAAGGGAAGCGAGCAGCGGCAGGGAGGAACCAGGAGGCAGUGGGAGGAGGGAGUGCAGGGGGGAAUGGAGGGGAGCGGACAGCAGCAGCGAUUGCGGAGGGCGUGGCAGCUCUGGAAGGGGAUGAAGGCAUUGAGGUGUCUUUUGAGUUGGCGCAAAGGACAGCUGAAGUGAUGCAUCAGGUUGUAGGCAGGAGAGAUUGGAGCACUGGAGGAGAGGUUGGGAAGGACAGCAGCAAGAGAGCAGAGCAGCAGUCUGAGUUGGGAGUCCGGGUGAAGGACAGCUGAAGUGAUGCAUCAGGGUUUAGGCAGGGGAGGUUGGAGCACUGGAGGAGAGGUUGGGAAGGACAGCAGCAAGAGCCGCGGUAAAAGAGCGGCAUUGAGAGCAGCAGCAAGAGCAGCGGGAACAUGGUUUUGUUGAAGUUAACAACAGCGAGGGAGCUUGAGUAGCAGCAGCGGGAAGGAUUGGGUGGGAAGGUUGGCACGCAGGAGGGAAGGGUGGGAGGCAGCUGCGGUAGUAGAAACAGCAAGGUGGCAGGAGGGGCAGCAGUAGUGAGCGCCAGCAGCGAAGGUUGGGCUUGGGGGCUAGUGUUGUCGGUGGGAGCUACAACAGAGGUGUGCAAUGAGGGGAGCAGGAGUGGAGUGUGGUAUUGUUUGAGUAGAAAUCGGUGGUAAUGGUGGCAGGAGGCAGCGGUAAUGGUAGAGGUAUUGAUGGAAAAAACAGAAAGUGGGCGGGGGGAAGGAGAUAAGGCAAGAGCGAGGGCGAAGUUUCGAAAGAAAGCAGAAAAGAGGGAGCUGAAAGGAGGGAGAUGAAAAGAGGGAGGUGGAAGGAGGGAGCUGAAAAGAGGGAGGUGGAAGGAGGGAGGUGAAGAAGGGAGGGAGCUGAGAGGGAGCUGAGAGGGAGCUGAGAGGGAGCUGAGAUGGCAGAAACUUCAAGCGGGUGGCUGUGGCCUUGGGGAGCAUGGACAUGGUAGAAUGGGCGAUUUACCAAAGAAGGGAUGAUGUGGAGGAUGAUCGGAACGAUGUUGAUGUCGCAGAAAAGGAUGGAAGUUGGGAGUGAGUGACGAUGAAAAAGAAGGGGUGCUGUCGAAGGGAGAAGCAGGCAGGUGGCCAAAAGUGGAUGACUGCUCGAGUGGCUUUUUCGGAAGGGACAAUACCAAAUCUUGAACAUCAGCAACGUGAAGUAUGGGAGGGAGUGAAGAUGAGCCUGGGGAAGGAUGAUAAGGGAGUCGAAAAAGGCUCUUGGUCGUUCAGUCCUUUCCCACCUUGUGCUACCAUCACUUGUCCCUUCUUUCUGUCCUCCCAAGUUAGGAAUUGCCGUGGGAGGCAUGUAGGUUGGGCAGCAUGGAUACCAUGUAUGGUCGUGCUAGAUUUUGUCAUUUGGACUGAGUGAGCAAAUGUUGUGCAAUGCGCUGGACGAAUGAAUCCUCAUGCAUGACAAAAUCAGUGA